AUGUUCACAGGGCCAGAAUUCUUGGAGACCCUACGUCUGUCGGAUAAUGAAAUCACUGAUAUUCAGAAUGGAACUUUCAAUCCAACGCCACAUCUAAGCAGCCUCAGAUUGUCUAACAACACCAUCACAAUGUUUCCCUUUGAAGAGUUGUCAAGAAAUCAAAUUUCUACUCUUUACCUUGACAACAACCAAAUGACAACUCUUCCCUCUCUGGCCUAUGACAUACUCACAACCAUCUCUGACAUAAACAUUGACAACAACCCCUGGCAGUGUGACUGUAGAAUGGUUGAGUUCAGGUUGAAAAUGACAGGGUCUUACCCAUUUGAAAACCAGAUAAAUUGUUCCCAACCUGAACACCUCAAUGGGCAAAAGCUUAUAGAUAUCAGCCCUGACGAUAUGAUGUCAAGUGGCAUACUUCCAACAAUUGCGAGGUUUGAGAGAGUUGACAACAUGACUAUGUAUCAUGGAGAUACACUGUAUUUCGUUUGUGAAGCAUCAGGAAUCCCCACACCAGACAUCACAGUCAUUCUCCCAUCUGGACUGAACGCUACACUAGAUGCAAAUGGUACCAUCACCAUCACCAAUGUUACAGCAGCAGAUGCUGGUCUGUAUGUCUGUAUUGCUGUAAACCCAGCUGGCUCCACUUUUGCCACCAUGGUCAUAGAUCUACAGACAGUCCCCACAACUGUUUCAACACCUUUAAACAGCCAAGAAAGCAACACUUACUAUGAAUCUACAACCUCUUUCUCUUCACAUGUUUCCGUUGUCCCAUCACCUUCAAAACAACCUUCCCCCAGUUUCUCCCUGCCUAUACUCCUUGGUGCUGUCUGUGGUUCGGUAGCCGGUACCCUUCUCAUCGGAGGCAUCAUUCUUGCUUUCUGGUGCACGAGAAACAACCAGGGUCCUCCGAAACGCCCAGACUUCAGCGUUGUUUUUAACAACACCAACACCACAGCUACUGUGAUAACCAAUGGGCAGGAUCUGACAACUCAAGCCCAAUCUACAUGUAUUAGACUAUCCUCGGAUGUCAGAAACCCACAUCUCAUCCCACAGCCACCCUCCUCCCAGUUUGAGCCUUAUGAAAAUGUGCAGCCUCCUCCAACAGGUGCAGUUCUGAUGCAAACUGCUAGAGGUCUCUCCUCGUAUGUCAGAAACCCCCAUCUCGUCCCACGGCCAGCUUCCUUCCAGUUUGAACCUUAUGAAGAUGUGCAGCCUCCUCCAAGAGGUGCAGUUCCAAGCCAAACCGCCAGUAGUAGAGGGCAGGCCCUCCGACCACCUGUCAGAAGCAACAAUGAACCUCCCCCAGUCCCCCCUCCCCGCACAGCCAGUGCUACUGGGUAUGACAAUAUCCCUGAGCACACCUACCAAACUUUGACAACGAGCAGGAAUCGGCCUGACAAUGGAGAUGACACUUCACAUCACUACCAGUCACUUAGAAGGACAUAA